AUGAUGAAGGUGAUGCUCCGCCCACGCGGUCUGUGGGAAGCCGUGAACUUCGCCGACGUUCCGGAGCAUGAAGACAUGAUGGCCAUGGAGGCUAUCUGCAAGUCGGUGCCGGCCGACAUGGUGGUGUCGAUGUCAAACAAAGAGAGCGCCAAGGCGGCUUGGGACGACAUCAAGACGGCGAACCUCGGCGUCGAGCGCGUCCGCAAGGCCAAGGCGCAGACCCUGCGAAGGGAGUUCGACGGCCUCGUCUUCAAGGACGGCGAGAGCGUGGACGAGUUUGCGGUGCGGAUCAACAACCUCGCCGCACGGCUGAGGACGCUCGGGGACGACCACACCGAACCAACGGUCGUACGCAGGUUCCUGCAGGCGCUCCCUCCGCGCCACCACCAAAUCGCCAUGUCGAUCGAGACCCUGCUCGAUCUAGAGACCCUGUCCGUGGAGGAGCUGGUUGGGCGCCUGAAGGCGGCGGAGGAGCGGCACGACCUCAGCGGUGGCGGCAACAACCUCGCGCGGCUCAACCUCACAGAGGAGGAGCUGGUCGCGCGCGUUUCCAAGAAGCUGCAGCUCUCCGGGGGCCCGUCGAACUCCGGCAACUCUGGCUCAAGAGGGUCUGGGGGAGGCCGCAGUGGAAGCUGGGGGCGCGGCCGUGGUGGAGGCCGUGGCGGUGGGCGCGGUGGUGGCGCCAAGAAGCCUGGUGGUGACGCCGGGCGCGAACUCAGUGGCGACGUCGCGAGCGACGAAUGUCGUUACUGCGGCAACAAGGGGCACUGGGCCCGCGAGUGCCGCAAGAAGAAACGUGACGAACAGGCCCAUGCAGCCGAGGUCGAAGAGGAGGGCGCGCUUCUGGUGGGGAUCACCUCCAUCACCGUCGACUCGGAAGAAUAG